AAACCAUCCAGGUGAUACCUGGACGGCAAACAAAUGGAAGUUUUAUUUACAUUGCAUGCUGAUCCAUUGAAAGUCAGUCCUCCUGCUCGAGCCAAUAAGCACAGUUUGCAAAACUGGUGUCUGUGUUCAUAAUAUUACUGCAGGCACUUCUGACGUGAUGCUGUCAUUUAUGUUACAAAGACUCUUAAAAAGGAAAGAAAAGACAUAAACUAGAAUGGAAUCCAUGUACAUCGAAGAAAACACUUUCAAGAACAGUGCAAUCUCUUUGAUCUUCUCUCUCAAGGAAGAAGUCGGAGCUUUGGCUAAAGUUCUACGCAUAUUUGAGGAAAAAGAGAUAAACCUGACCCACAUUGAGUCUAGACCUUCCCGGCUCAACAAGGACGAGUAUGAAUUUUUCAUAAACUUGAACAGCAAGAAUAUCCCUGCUCUGGAGGACAUUGUCAAAGCGUUGAGAGACGAUAUUGGAGCAAACGUUCAUGAGCUUUCACGUGAAAAGAGGAAGGAUGCUGUUCCAUGGUUCCCAAGGACUAUUCAAGAGCUGGACCGAUUCGCCAACCAGAUUCUCAGCUAUGGAGCAGAGCUGGAUGCCGAUCACCCUGGAUUCAAAGAUCCUGUUUACCGGGCCAGAAGGAAGGAAUUUGCAGAUAUAGCCUAUGACUACAGACAUGGACAACCUAUCCCCAGGGUGACAUAUACAGAGCAAGAGAAGAAAACAUGGGGCGUAGUCUUCAAGGAACUGAAGACCCUCUAUCCCACCCAUGCCUGCUAUGAACACAACCAUGUCCUCCCUCUCCUGGAGAAGUACUGUGGCUACCAAGAAGAUAACAUUCCCCAGCUGGAAGAUGUCUCAAAUUUCUUGAAAAGCUGCACUGGAUUUCGCUUACGUCCUGUGGCUGGACUGCUAUCAUCUCGGGAUUUUUUGGCUGGUUUGGCUUUCAGAGUAUUUCAUUCUACACAAUACAUUCGCCAUUCAUCAAGGCCAAUGUACACUCCAGAACCAGAUGUUUGCCAUGAGCUCCUAGGACAUGUUCCUCUGUUUGCUGAUCCCAGUUUUGCUCAGUUUUCCCAAGAAAUUGGAUUGGCUUCCCUGGGAGCACCAGAUGAAUUUAUUGAGAAACUUGCUACAGUUUACUGGUUUACCGUGGAGUUUGGACUGUGUAAAGAAGGCGAUGCCAUAAAGGCCUACGGGGCUGGGUUGCUGUCAUCAUUUGGUGAACUACAGUAUUGUUUAACGGAUAAACCGACCAUUGAACCUCUCAGUUUGGAGAAUACAGCAGUCCAGAAAUAUCCUGUCACUGAAUUCCAGCCCAAGUACUACGUUGCUGAAAGUUUUAAAGAUGCAAAGCAAAAGUUAAGGAAAUAUGCUUCCACAAUUCCCCGUCCAUUCUCAGUCCGCUACAACCCAUAUACCCAAAGGAUUGAGGUCCUGGAUAAUGCAAAACAGCUGAAGAAUUUAGCCGAUUCUAUCAGCAAUGAAAUGGGACUCCUUUGCAAUGCUCUCCAGAAGAUAAAAUGAAGACGCUGUCACCUCUAACAAUCCUACUGGUGGUUCUGAGAGUUUUGUGGCAUUGAAACAAAUAUUUAGAAGAAAAAUCAAUGCACCAAUCAUUAAUAUUCAUGUAAUCAUAUUUCAUAUUCUUUUCACUGUAAUGUCUAUAGCCAAGUAAUUUCUAAAAAGCUUUACUGUCUGAUACAUAAUUAUCUGUAACACAAGUAUAAAAACUCAUUUCCAUGAAUGAAUGAAUGACUCUUCUUAUCAGAAUUACAUAAUUUCUAAGAAUAACAAUGUUCUAUUUAUAUACUGCCCUUCAGAACAACUUAAUGCCCGCUCAGAGCAGUUUACAAAGUGUGUUAUUAUUAUCUUCAUGACAAUCACCCUGUGAGGUGGGUGGGGCUGAGAGAGCUCUGGAAGAGCUGUGACUGACCCAAGGUCAUCCAGCUGGCUUCAAGCAGAAGAGUGGGGAAUCAAACACAGUUCUCCAGAUUAAGAGUCCUGCCACUCUUAACCACUACACCAAACUGGCUCUCUCUAGGUCUUAAGAUAUGCCUCAGGUAAUGCACAAGGAAGUUAUGUUUGAGCCAGUAGUUCUUCCCUGAGAUGCUAUAUUAACACAAGGAUUUGGAGGGAAAGUAAGGGGAAGGAGUCAGAGCCAGGGAGCAGCAAGAAGGAUCUCAGUCUUAUAUAAGAGAUUCUUCCCAUAUUUUUAGUAGUAAAGACACAAGAUCUUGAAGUCCAGGACUAUCAAGUUCAUUGGAAAAUUUAAUGUUUCAUCAAGCACCCUAUUUAGAGGCAGCCAAGUUGCAUUAUCUCUAUAUGAUUUAAGGAAAAUAGGGCAAGAGCAUUCAAAUGAUUGUGUUUUGAUUCAGGCAAAGAGUACCAUGGGGCACUUUUCUAAAGCUGUAGAUGUAUUGUGACUAUUCUUUAUCACAGAUUUUUUAAAGGAGAGGUCACAUAGAAAUUAUAAAUGCAUACAAAAAUCAUAGAAACAGUAAUACCCGUCAUGGCAAGUUGAUGUUUACAUCUUGAAACAUAGUUGCAGACACUAUUAAAGAAAGGGACAGCUAACUUCUUCAGCCUGGGGGAGGUAUCAUCCACUUUAACUCUGAACUACUUGUGACGUCUCCCCUGCUUUUAUGAACAGAAGCAAACAGCACAGAGAUUGUAAACAUUCAUUGUAUAUGGUAAUGUAUUCAAAAACAUUUUUAUUACUGCUAAAAUACAACCUGCCCAAAAUUCAAUAUAUUCCCCAAGUCAUUUACCACAAGCAGAACUUUAAGAAACAGUCUUUCUGAAUCUGUUUACCCAAAGAAUCAUUCUACUAUUUGCCUGUACUGAAAACAGACAACUUUCAGAAAUGGGUCUCUACCAGUGGGCAACUCCCAACCACUUGAGAGGGAGGAAUCUCAUCUCCCCCCACCCCCACACACAAUUUCCCCUUUCCCUGAAAGCCCCCAUACCCUUUCCCUUUUUUCUGCUUCCUUCUCUCCGUCCUACCCUAUAAACUUUCUCUGCCCCCCCUUCAGCUCCCCACCUCCCCUGCAGCUGCUUCCUAGGAAAGAUUUGCCUAUUGGCCCAUUCACAUAAAGUGAAAUAUUUUGAGUGAUAUUAAAUGCAGCUAUACUUAAAUGCUUUGUAAAAAUAGAGGUUAAUUUACAGAACUGUAUUUUCUUUCAAACAUAUUGUAAAAGCUAUAAUAUGUUAUGUAAAUAAAAACAUUGAUUUCACAA